GCCAGACUUUCGAGGCGAUGUAAAACAUUCGCGAGAUCUCGAACUAUACAGAACUUGGUCAGAGUGUAGAGUUUUGGACUUUAUUCAUACAAAAUGGACAUCGAUUGAUUGGAGAAACUUCAGCAAACGAAGGAGCAGUAUGUCUAUAUUUCAUCCGUGUGAAACGAUGAACCAUUAAUUGUGUAUAAAUGCAUUUUGGGUGAAUAUCCAAAACUUCAACAGUCGAUGGGUUGCCAAAAUGGCGGCCGCUGUUUAUGUAUUCGCUGCUUUUGUUAUAUGGAGUGUGGUGUGUAUUUGUGGAACUUUCGGCUUGCAACUACAAUGUCCAACGUAUUGCCAUUGCUUGGGGAAUAAUGUAGAUUGUUCUCGGCAAGGUCUGAUUAAUGUUCCAAAGGACCUCAUUUUCCCAGCAUGGACAACUCGAUUAGAACUGCAGAAUAAUGGAAUCUCUUCUCUGUCAAAAGAUGAUUUUAAAGGACUGGAUAACCUGACCCAUCUAGACAUCAGUUCCAAUGAUCUUAGAUCUCUCAACGACAGCGUAUUUGAACAUCUGACAACGUUACAAACUUUGAAAAUCAAUUAUAACAAAAUCAAUGAAGUGCCAAAGUUAAAAGGACUGAGAAAUCUUACCAUUCUGGAAUUGAACCAUAACCACAUCGGGAUCUUGGCCCAGGAGUUUCUGACUUACAUGCCCCAGCUACAAGUCCUGGAGCUUAACCACAACAAGCUGACCGACAUUGUACCCGGGGUGUUCCCCGCCAACAACUCCCUCCAGAAACUGGUUGUGAACAACAACAACUUGGCAUCAUUUGAAUCGAAUUGUUUUGACAACCUGACGUCUCUAGAAGUCCUCAAAAUCAACAAGAACAGAGUGACCAGCAUUUCCAAGGACAUCUUCAAGAAACUGAAGAAGCUGGAGACCCUGGAGAUCACCAAAAACAAACUGAAGCAGAUUGGAGGACUGACAUUUCAAGACCUGAAGAACCUCAAAGUUCUAAAGUUGAGGAAGAAUUCCAUCUCCAAGAUCGAUGAUGGGGCAUUCUAUGGUUUAGACAAACUCAUCACACUGCAAUUGGAACACAACAACAUCACAAGAGUAACCCAGUCUUGGUUGUAUGGAUUGAAAGGAUUGAGAGAAAUAAAUCUUGCACACAAUAAAAUCCACACCAUUGAUUCUGAAGCCUGGCAGGGCUGUGAAUCCAUCGACACCAUAGAUCUGUCCAAUAACCGCCUGGUGACCAUCAGUAGCAUGGCCUUCUCUAAGCUGGGUCAACUAAAGAAGCUGUACCUCAACAGUAACAUGAUCACCAACAUUCAGGACGGGGCGUUCCAGCAUCUCCACCAACUGGAGGAGCUAGAGCUGAACAACAAUGAAAUCUCCUGGACCAUUGAGGACAAGUCUGGCGUGUUUGAGGGGCUGGCAAAUUUGAUCAAACUCAAACUUGAGAACAACAAAAUCAAGUCCAUCUCAAGUGAUGCUUUCUUGGGUCUGGCUAACCUGAAGGUUCUGAGUUUGAGUAUGAACAACAUCACAUCCAUCAAAGACAAUGCCCUGGAGAGCAUGGUCACUCUGCAGCAAUUGUACCUGAACUCGUCCAGCUUCUUGUGUGACUGUCAGUUACAGUGGCUGCCCACCUGGCUCCUGUCCAAAACAUUCCACAACAUGGUCACUGCUGUGUGUGCCUAUCCCCCAAACCUCAUCGGGCGGAGUGUGUUCCUGGUCCAGGGGGACGACUACAAGUGUGAUGGAGAUUUCCUGAAGCCGUACAUUUUGUCCCAUCCUAAGACCAGGGUGGCUCUGAAGAAUGACAACAUCACAUUGACAUGCCAGGCUGUCAGUACAGAGGACUCGGGGACAGUGUUCAUCUGGAAGAGGGACAAUGUGAUGCUGACUGAGGGGGUGGACAGCACCAAGGAGAUGGGGAACCUGAGUGACGGGCGGAGGAUCUACAACUUCACCUCCCACCUCCACCUCCGGAACAUCCAGGAAAGAGACGUGGGCAACUUCCAGUGUAUCAUCACCAACAAGUUCGGCUCGGCCUACACCCACAAGGCAAACAUCACCAUUCACGAGUAUCCUGAGUUUAUCAAAACCCCAAACAAUGUGACUGUUAAAGUUGGAACCACUGCCAGGUUUGACUGCUCAGCUAAAGGCGAACCCAAGCCAAAGAUUGUGUGGAACAAGAAUGGUGGGAACUUUCUGGCAGCCAAUGAGAACCGCUUCCACGUGAUGACAGCGGACGAUGUGUUCUUCAUUGCUCAGGUGAAGCCGGAAGACGAGGGCGUAUACAGGUGUACAGCGUCCAACUCUGAGGGUCAGAUCAGCAUCAACGUAACACUGACUGUUCAACAGCCUCCAUCUUUCACGGAACCAAUGAGAAGGAACAAGGUUGUGAACGAGGGACAGACCGCAGUGUUGGAGUGUAUGGCCGAAGGUCGCCCCAAACCUCUGCUGACCUGGAAGAAGGACAACCAGAGCCUGGAGCUGACCAAGCGACACUUCCACGCGGCCAACAACCAGCUGCUCAUCAUCGUCAAGACCACGCUGUCCGACAGCGGCAAGUACACCUGUGAGAUGAGGAACACCCUGGGCAGUCGCAGUGACGAUACCCAGCUUUAUGUACAGAGUGUGGACCACCAUAUCCCCACCAGGCAACAGAGUCCCUCGUCAGAGGAAAGCCAGAUGGAUGAGUCCACUACAACUGGUAUAAUCAUCAUUGCUGUGGUGUGUUGUGUGGUGGGAACCUCGUUGGUCUGGGUUAUAAUCAUCUACCACACCAGGAAAAGGCAGGAACUGUAUGCUCCUGCCUCUACAGAAGAACCGCCCAUUGCUGCCGAGUAUAUGGGCCAGCCACCGUAUGAUGAUGAUGGUAUGUACCCCCAGCAGGUGAUAAUGUAUUCCUCACAGCCCGGGAGUUACCAGCAGUAUCAGGAGUAUCAGAGUAAGGAGUCGGGCUACGAAUCGUCGUCGGGAAGGAGCCGAGCGGCUAGAUUACCGGCCAUCUUUCCGAGUGAUGUGGAGGAAGGGAGUCACCAGUUGGGAGCCAGGGUCCCUGCUGACCACUCACCUGACAACAGUGCUUCGUAUCCUAACAGUGAAACCGACUCGCUGAAGAGUUCUCAGAGUACAAGUAGCACCCACACAAGUGGUCACCAGACCCUGAGGACAUUCCACCCAGACAUACGGGAGGUCCCUCAACCUCCUCCCCUGCCCCCCUCCACGCGGUCCCAGAGUAAGGGGGUGGAUCAGACAUUUUGUGAGAACUGUGAACACUGUCGAGGUGAUGGUAGUGACUCUUAUCAGUGCCAAAGUUUAAGUAGACAUUCUAUGCAGAAUGGCACAUACUCAAAUGGAUUACCCCAUCCAGGAGUUCAUCAUGGGUCUCUGCCCCAGCCCCCAGGAAGUGCUUUCAGAGAAGUAGGAGUCUCAGAAAGAACAUGUGAUAGUCCACCACAACAUACCUGUUCAUGUUCUACCUGUCAUAGUCGUGUGACAUCACCUGUAUAUAACUCAUCUCAUAGAGCAAGCAACGUUUGUUCUUAUCGCCAUAGUCCGCAAUCAGCAUCUCACUCCAACAGCAAUGGACCUUGUUAUUUAAAUACUCAUGAGAUUCAUAUUUGUACAAAUCCGCGUUGUGUGCCCCCUGGUGAGAACCGGGGAUAUCGUAGUGACAAUCAGGAGGGGAGAAAACUCCAUCGGUUCCGAUCAGCAGAAAACUGUGUGGUCAGUGACUAUCAUGUCCGUGGGGAGAAUCGGGGUCAUCACAGCCUGAGUCGCAACUGGUCAACGGACAAAAUACCCCCCACCAUUCCACCCAAACAGCUUAAACACAAUAUGUACAUUCACGCCAGUAAGUGCGCUGUGGCACAGAAUGGGGGACCACAUGGCAAAUACCCCCCACCCCAGGAUGUCUAGCAUAAUACCUGUAGAGCAAUGUUAACAUAUUGGGGAGGGGGGUCAAAGCAAGCUUAAGAGUUUACGCUGUCCUUAUAAUGUGAAGCCAGUUUAUAUAUCAUCCAGAAAGGGGCAGUGCCAAUUCUUAAGUUUGUGAUACAGUGAGAUAUUUAGUGAUUAUUAUCAAAACCUGUGAAAUUAUAACCAUUGUUGACUGUGAUUGUAUAAGCCAAAGGUUUUUUGUUAUGUUCAGUUUUCUUGUGUAAUACAAAUUAGAUUUCUUAAUCAUGCAUUUAUGAAAUUGACAUGUAGCCUUAAAGAAAAAGCAUUAGCAUGCAUUCAUAGGAGAAAAGAAUUAUCCAUAGCAUUUAUACACCAAAAGCAUUAUAAACCUAGGCAGUUUGAAAAUGUUUCUUGAUUGCAUAAUAUCUAAGCAAUAUCAUCUUUGGAUAUUUUGUUCUUGGGCUGUAAAAAGAAUUUCAUUCCAAAACCCAGUCAUGUAUGAUUCUUUCACAUUGUAUUUAGAUGUAAAUAAUUUAUAUAUGAAUUGAAAUACCUCAUACCACAAAGAUUUGGUUCAUAUUUGUUUCUGUAAGUUGUUCAUGGUGUAAUGAAAGAAUAUUUUGUUUGUUAUAUCAAGAUUUCCUCACUUUUUUUUCAAAAUGUUUGCCCAAUUAAAAACUGAGUGGAAGACAACAAAAAGGAGGAUUUUUCGCCCCCAAAUCAUGUUAUCAAGUUAUGUCUGAAAGCUACGACUUUUUUUUAGCUGUUGAAAAUCUUUAUUUUCUGGGUUAUAAGUUAGAUUGAACCAAGAUGGUGAUGUCACAUGUUGUUUUGCAGCAGCUGAUGAGGUGCUUUAAAUGAUGUAUCAGUAUUUUAUACAUACCCUCUGUUCACAAGGAAUACUGUUUUCGGUGAACCACUUCCUGGAAACAGCUCUCUCUGAUGAACAUUGGGUAUAGCAAAUGUGUUAUUAUUACAUAUUGUGACUAUAUUAUGAAAUCCAUACCAAGUAACCUCCCUUUGUUACGAGAGUUUUUUCUUUCCUCGCCCAUUGUCACUUACAAGUCAUCUUGUCAUUACUUUCAUUUUUGAUGUCUUUAUAUGUGUUAUGUUUUAUUCAUUAAAUGUACAUCGUAAUUCUCCUUUUAAGAUAAAAUCGAAUAUGAAAAAUUAUUUGAACUUGUCUAUGAAAUUUAAAACAUCAAUUGAAAAAUGAUAAGAAAUAUCAGACAUGUUGGUCUUUACUUUCUUGAAAGAAUAUUAUUUUAAUUCUUUACAAUUUUUAAAAAUAAGUUUAAGUUUUUAUUUUAAUUUUUGUGAAAUUCUUUAUAAAAGUUUCUCGAGGUGCCAUUAGUUAAGGAGAGUAAACAGAUCAUUUAUCAUCACUUGUACUGUUUUCAUAGUGUUGGUCUCUCUAUUAUAUAUAUGCUGUAUUAUGUCAACUUUAUUUAUUUCUGGUUGUGUACAUUUUGUAAUGUGACAACAUUGAAGCAAGUUCUGUUAUGAUAUUUGUACAGAAAAACUGAUGAAAACAGCAAAUUAAAAUAUUAAAAUAUUA